UGCGGCUUUCCGCAGUUGCAACGGUUGGUGUAGCUCCCGUGUUUCGCUUUUUCGUCUUCGCCGACUUACAUUAGAGGACAAAAAGGUCCUUGUUACUUAUUGUUCAUCAUGAGGAGUUUUUCCAUUCAGGGAAUGAAGAGGCACCCGUCUCUCAUUCCAUUGGUCGCAAUCGUCGGCGUCGGGAUGAUGGGAGCAGUCUUCUACACAGCCCGCCUUGCUCUGAGGAACCCGGAUGUCAGCUGGAACAAGAAAAACACCGAGCCUUGGCAGGAGUUCAAAGACAAGCAAUACAAGUUUUAUUCCACUCAAGAGUACAGCUCCUUGCCAAAGACUGAGCGCCCAGAGUUCUGAGCUGGUCCCUUCAUCAUUCACCCAUGUAUAGGACAGUUUUGCGAUAGGCUGACAUGAGGCACCAAUAAAGGCUGCUUUUGUGUAAA